CUAUACUCGUGCAGACAUGAUAAUCUUAAAGUUCAUAUGCAGCAUUACACUUGCUUUGCUUCUCACUGUUUCUUCUGUUGGAGCGGCUCCCAAGGAGUCUCUCAUAACUUCUUUGCCUGGCUUCGAUGGAACUCUUCCCUCUGAACAUUAUGCAGGCUAUGUAACCACAUAUAUGUAUGUGACUAUAGAUGGAAGUCCUGGAAAAAAGAGUUUGUUUUACUAUUUCAUUGCUUCAGAAAGGAAUCCUUCAAAAGACCCUGUAGUACUGUGGCUUAAUGGUGGACCCGGGUGUUCCAGCUUUGAUGGCUUCAUCUACGAACAUGGACCAUUUAAAUUCCACGUAGGAAAGCCAAAGGGAAGCUUGCCCGUAUUGCAUCUCAACCCAUUCAGCUGGUCCAAGGUUUCCAACAUAAUAUAUCUGGAAUCUCCAUGUGGUGUCGGUUUAUCUUACUCUGAUAAUCCAAAGAAUUAUGUGACGGGAGACCUACAGACCGCCUCUGAUACGCAUGCAUUUCUUCUGAAGUGGUUCAAACUUUAUCCAGAGUUCCUUUCAAAUCCAUUCUAUAUUUCUGGAGAGUCUUAUGCUGGAAUUUAUGUGCCAACUCUUGCUUCGGAAGUGGUAAAAGGAAUUCAAAUUGGCAAAACGCCUCUUAUCAAUUUCAAGGGUUACAUGAUAGGAAAUGGGGUCACAGAUGAAAAAUUUGAUGGCAAUGCUCUUGUGCCUUUUGCUUUUGGAAUGGGGCUGAUCUCAAGUGACAUCUACGAGGCUUGUCAAACCACAUGUGGUGGAAAAUUCUAUGAUCCUCCGAGUGAAACCUGUCUGAUGAACCUUGAGAAAGAUGAUGAAGCUGCAGUUGCAUGGUUGAAUGAUGAAGCAGUUCGCAAAGCUAUUCAUGCAGCGCCGGCAAGCGUGGCAGGUUCUUGGUGGAUAUGUGCCAGAAGAGUCCGGAAUAGUUAUUCAACUGAUACCGGAAGCAUGAUCCCUUAUCACAAAAACUUAACUUCCCUGGGUAACCGAGUUCUCAUUUACAGUGGAGAUCAUGAUACGGUAGUACCAUUCACUGGGACUCAAGCAUGGACCAGAUCACUGGGAUACAAGAUCAUUGAUGAAUGGAGGCCUUGGAUGACUGAUGAUCAAGUUGCAGGGUAUCUGCAAGGAUAUGACAACAACUUCACAUUCCUAGCAAUCAAGGGAGCUGGGCACAUGGUCGCUCAAACCAAGCCACGAGAGGCAUUGGAGUUUUAUAGUCGCUGGUUAGAUGGAAAGCCAAUAUAG